AUAGCCAUGGCUUAUUACCAAGCAAGCACUGGCCAUCUAAUUGACUAUUUAUAAAUGUACAACUUGAGUUUAUAUGCUACCAAAAAAACACUUUAUAAUCAAAGAAACUGCAAACUCUUCUAACUACACGUCUUGACUCUAGUUUCAAGUACAAUGGAAGAGCUUUCCAAGAUAGCCAUGGCAUAUUACCAAGCAAGUACUGACCAUCUUCAAACGUUGGCUCGAGACUUCUUUACCGCGAUGGACCACGACGGCGAUGGCAAGAUAGAUCUAAGAGAGUUCUUGGAGUUCAUGAAAGAGGAAGGGUGUCAUCACAUGACUAACCCCUUCAUGUUCAACCAAUUGGAUCUUGACAAAAAUGGUACUCUUGAUUUUGUUGAAGUGAUGACGCUUUACUAUAUAAUCAAAAGCGGAAGGCCGUUUUGUGAUCAUUGUAGAAAGUUCAUCACUUCGACCUUUUUAACAUGUGUUGGGUGCUUAGAAGAUCCAAGCGAUCGUUCAUUCCAUCUUUGUCUUGAUUGCUAUAGUAGACAAGUAUGUGAUCACACUCACAAUGAUAUGUCGCGCUUUCUAGACAAUUACUCGUUACUUGAAGCGAUGACCAAGUUAAAAAUAGGCGAGUUAAGAUCUAGACCAUCUGAAACGGACUCAGUGGUUCCAGAUAAACCACAUUCAGCUGAUCAUAACCACACAUGGAAUCCAUCUUUGGCCAUGGUUCAAGUUCCACAACGACCGGCUCCUGUUCAUAACCAAUAUUGGGGGAGUCAAUGGGCUCCUCACACGUCUGUAGCUCCUUCUGUACACAACCAUACAUGGAUCCAAAACAAUUAUUCAUACAAUCAUACACCACAUUAUCAUGUUCAGCAACCGGCUCCAGUCAUCCCCCAACGACAACAAUGGCAGGCGGCGCUAGGAGCACUGAACGCGGCACUACAUAUAAGUGCCAUCGGUAGUAGCUUUUGUACCAUCUUAUGAUACAUUUGAUUUGGGCUAAAACGUUGGUAUGUAACUCUCGGGAUCUAUGUGAGUUUCAUCAAUAUUUUUAUGCUAUGAAUAAAGGCAUGUUUGUUCAACAAUACGAGGCAUCAAGACUCAAAUCAUUACAUUUUCUGCA